AUGGCGAAUAAUUUAGAAAAUAAACCUCAUUUAACAUUGUCGCGUUCUUCACUAUCGAUUGAAACAAUAGCGGAAGCUUCCCAACCAUGUGAAGCAUCAGAAGAAUAUGAUAACGAAUUAACCUUGACUGCAGAUAGUGAGCUAUAUAAAGCCGUUAGUGAAGUUCUAAAUUCGGGUCUUUAUCAGGAAACGUUUAAAAAAGGAUUUCCUGACGAAAGCAACAAUAAUCCACCCCAAGAGCCAGCACCUAAACAAGUGCCAAGAUGUGCAGAUUUCUGGUAUAAAUUACUUAAACCUAUCUUUGUUCGCAUAUCGACAAAAGCAACUUGGCCUAUGGCAAAGCAGGUUCUUAAGGCUGCUGUUGCUUACUGGCUUGCCUUUGUUAUUGACCUUACUGUCCCUGCUAUGCAGGAAUUAGGCCCUUAUACCUUCUUGGCGAUCGUAAUGAGCGCUGGUUGGGGAAUUGUCGGUGCUUGCUUAGCUACAUUAUGGUCUUUUUUAGGUAUUAAAAUAUCUCAAGCAAUACGUGGUGAUGAAAUAUUUAACAUUCCUGCUAUGUUAGUCAAUUUAUCUUUCUUGGCUAUUGGUACAUUUGUUUUAUCAUAUGAUAAGAUUAAAUGGCAACCUAUGCGUUAUGGUGCAAUUAAUGCUAUCAUAAUUAUGAGUUUUAGCCUAACAUUAUCUUAUGUUAAUCCUGCUAAUACAAAUCAAAUAUUGAAAAAUUUGCUUAUGCCGAUGUUAAUUGGUCCUGCUUGUUCAUUUGUGGUUAACAUAGCGUUAUGGCCAGAGAAUGCUACUACUAAUUACAUACCCUGUCUUCAUAAGACACUUCAAAAUUUUAUUGAUUUGCUUGAUCAAGAAACGCAUUUUUUCCUUCGUGAUCCGUACAAUAGGAAUACAAUUUCUGAACUUUAUCGAAAUUUACAAGAUAACAUUCUUAAUCUUGAUAUAGCAAAAAAAGAUGCUCAACAUGAAGUGUCAUAUUCAAAAAUUGGACCGGAAGACUUGUUAGAUAUUAAUAAAACUGUAAAAUCUUUGCAUUCGAUUUUAGAAGGAUUAGCAUUAAGUGGUGUAAUUGAAGAGGAAUUAAUGAAAGAUGGACAAGAAGGAAUAAUUGAGAUCAGAAUCGAAGAUAAAUGUGAUCAUGCUUCGAUUUUCGAUCAGGUAACGUUAACUACUUAUGCCGAUGAAUCUCCUUCUCCAUCAUCUGUCGCGACUGCAACGGGAAGUGAAGAGGAUUUAACAAAACUUCUGGAAAUUAUUCGACCUAUUUGUACCGAUCUUUCUGAAACGUGUCAAAUGUGUUUAGCUGAUUGCAUGGAACGUGUUGAACAUUUUAAACAUAAUUGUCAUGAUCCAUGGUAUCGAAAGAUAUGGCCUUUUAAUCUUAAAGCGACACCAAGCCACGUUCAAAAUAUAACUGAUGAUCCUUUGGAGCAGCUUCAUGCUGCUAUAGCUAAAUUUGAAAAUACGCGUGUUGAAGGUUUAGAUCGACUCUUUAGAGAUAAAGAAAUUAUAAGCCCUGUACCACAAAGAGUGUUACUUUUAAUACUUUUAUUUGAAAAAAGUCUUAAAACAUUUGCAGAAGAUUUGUGUUUUUUAAUCGGAACUAUAAAAAUAUUAGAAAUUCAAAGGCAAUCGAGAAAAUUUUGGCAUCCACCAAUACCAUUUUUCAAACGUACAAGAGAUGUAGGAGGAACAGAAGAAGAACAUUUAAAAUUUUUCGAAUCUAAUACUAGAGAAGAUGAAAAAGAAGAACUUGAAAAUGAAAUAUUAUUUGAUCCUGAUGUGACACAACCGACUACAUCAUGUCAACGAUUUUGGUAUAAACUAUGGAUAAUUAGAAACUGGUUUAAUACUAUAUAUGCUAAAUUUGCUAUGAAAAAUACAUUAGUAGUUACUGCAUUGUGUAUACCGGCAUUUUUACCGAAUUCAUAUGUAUGGUUUAAUUUUAAUCAUGGACAGUGGGCCAUCAUUAGUGCAGUUCUUUCUUUUUCACCUACUACUGGCGGAGCCGUUCUUCAAUUUUUUGGUCGUCUCCUCGGCUCAAUUACGGGAGCUACGAUGGCUAUAAUCACUUGGGAAAUUUCACAAGGAAAUGCCUAUGGUCUUGCUUGUUCACUUUUCAUAUUUUCAUUGCUUCUUUGGUUCAUAUAUUUGAAUGCAAAAGUAUGGACAGUUGGAGGAGUUAUUAUGUUAGUCAAUUUUGCUUUAGUCCUUGCAAAUGUUUAUCAAUCUCGUAAUGGAAUAGGUAAUACCAGUGAAACAAUUUAUAGCAUUGCAGCAAAGAGAACAUGUGCAGUAAGUGUUGGUAUUACAUCAGCUUUCAUUAUGAAUAUGACGCCUUGGCCGCAUACGGGAAGAGUUGAAGUUCGUAGACGUCUUGCACGUACAAUAUCUGAUAUAUGUGUUUUAUAUUCAAUGACAAUCUCAUCAUUGUUAAAGGCAAGACCAAAUUUAAGAGCAAAACCAUUCCGUAAACUAGUUAGCAAAAUAAAUCGAUCAAUAACUAUAGAAAGAUUAUUACUUUCACGUACAAAAUAUGAACCACCACUUCGUGGUAACUUUCCAAUCGAACGUUAUAGGCAGAUUAUAGACAUUGUAGAACAUAUGGUUUGCCUUGUCAGUGGAUUAGAUCAUAUAUUACAUGAACUUUAUGGAACUGAAUGGAAAACAGAAUUAGCAGAUGUAUUCAAUCCAGUCAAAUGUAAUUAUAUAACGCAUAUAUUAACAACAUUUCACAUAUUAUCGACUGCAUUGGAAAACAAAGUUCCUUUACCACCAUACAACAUAAUCGCAUCAGGAGAUACAAGGUAUGGAAGAGUUGGAUUAGGUAGUAAGUUAUCAGGAAAAAUUAGAAGAACAGCAUCAGAUUUAACAAAAGAAGACUUGGAAACACAAGCAUUUAUUUGCUAUUGUGCCUAUCUGAUAAAAACAAGCCAUCUUAUUAAUGAAAUGAUAAAACUAGUCAAUGUUAUUAAGCAUUUAGUUGGA